UACAUACACCUCCCAAAUCUCGAACAAGAGCGUUUCUUUAGAUUACACGCCACCCUCCGCAUAGCAGUAUCGUGCAGUACCGACCUUAGCGGAAAACAUAUCGUUUAAAAUGAAUAUGUUUAAGAAAAUUGUGUCGUGCUUUUGUUUGUUUUUAAUCGUAAUUCAAUUGGCUUACUGUCAAAAAGGCCUAAGCAGCAGCGUUUACGUGGAAAAGCAAUUAUUGUGCGCUUUGGAUAAAGGACCUUGCGAUGGAUUGGGUCGUCAGAUACGGAGUGCUUUGCCUGAAAUAAUCGGAAAGAACUGCCAGACUUGCGACAACAAGCAAUUGGCAAACGCUAAGAGGAUUGCCAGAUUCGUCCAGACAAAAUAUCCAGACGUGUGGAACGCCCUAGUAGCGAAAUAUGCCCAGCCGAAAAAUUAAAAAAAUUUACUUAUAAAAUGAAUACAAUAAUUAUAAUAUGAUUUUACUUUUUUAUAUUAAGAAUUUGUAAAUAAAAUUAAAAAUCGCCUUCACCAUUUUGUCAAGAUGUUUUAUGUUAAGUUACUAAUGUAAUUCUGCAUUUUUUAUAAAUUUUAUAGAAAUAAAUGGUUAUAACUAUAAUUUUAAUAGUUAUUAAAAAUGUGUCAGCAUAAUUUCCAAACAAUUUACUCAUUUUUGUUUUAUAAUAUUUAUUUCAGUAAAAGUAAAAAUGGUUUUUAAAUGAGAGGCUGAUAGCAAAAGUGGGUUAAAAUUUUACUCUCGGCAAAAACGGUUUGCGUUUUUCAGAGGGCAAAAGCGGUUUAAGUAGCAAUGAGAGCAAAAAUGAGAGAAAGAAACUUUACCGUAAAAAUGGGUUAUAAUUAUAUGCCACUUUUACUCUAAGAUUAAAAA